AGUGUUGCUGCUAAGCGGAAACAACAUGUCGCCUCGUGUUUGACAGCUUGGUUUGACUCCAGUUAGCAAGUUUAAUACAGCAGACCCUUGCAAGGCUGUUACCAACUUCUGCGGUUCAACCGGUGUUACACCUGAGCCACUCAUCUUGGCCCCACCUGUGAUCAUCUCACUUACACCUCUGUGUCUGCAGUACACAAAUACAGCAUGUCCACCCAGGAAGAUGGGGCUGCAGAGCAGGGCCCCAACGCAGAGGGGCCAUCCACCUCUUCCUCCACUGAGGAUGAUGCCACCUCUAGGGACAUCAUCACCGUCACUGUCGGAGCAACUGUGCCCACAGGUUUCGAGCACACUGCUGCAGAGGAGGUCAAGGAGAAGAUUGGGGCCGACGCACGCAUCAGCAAAGAUCGUGGUCGCAUAUACUUCCCAAUAACCACUGACAAGCUUUUCCAGGUCCAUCUUCUGAGGUCUGUGGACAACCUGUUUGUUGUGGUUGAGGAGUAUGAUCAUUACCAGUUCAAAGAAUCAAAGGAGGAGACUUUGAUGGAGUUGCAGCAGCUUGCUUCCAAACUGCCCUGGACUAAUGCGUUAGAGGUUUGGGAACUAAAUCGUACGCUAAAAAAGAAGAAAGGCUACAGGAAAGGAGGAAAUGGCAACAAAGUUAAAGCUAAUAGUGAGGCCACUGAUGCAACCAUGGCUGACACAGAGCAGCAAGAGCAACCUCAAGCAGCCUCUGCUGCAGAGAGCCAGACCAAGGCAGAGACCACGCCAGACAUGGAGUCCAGCAUGCCGGACUCAGGGGAGGUAGCACCCGAGGCCAAACUCAUCAAGUUUCGCGUGACGUGCAACAGAGCUGGUGACAAACACAGCUUUUCCUCUAACGAGGCAGCCAGAGACUUUGGUGGAGCCGUGCAAGAAUUCUUCCAGUGGAAAGCCGACAUGACAAAGUUUGACAUAGAGGUGUUACUAAACAUACACAAUCAAGAGGUGGUGAUCGGCAUUGCUCUCACCGAAGAGAGUCUUCACAGGAGAAACAUCAGUCACUUUGGACCCACCACUCUGCGGUCGACCUUGUGCUAUGGCAUGCUCAGGCUGUGUAAACCUCAGGCAUCAGAUAUAAUACUUGAUCCAAUGUGCGGGACUGGAGCUAUACCUUUGGAGGGGGCCAUUGAAUUUAACAGUUCAUUCUACAUUGCCGGUGACAACUACGACAUGGCGGUUAACCGCACGGUCAAUAAUAUUUGUCACAUCCAGAAGCGGAGGGCAGACAAGGGCAGUGCCUCUGGAUUGCCCAUUGACACGGUGCGUUGGGAUCUGUGCAAUUUACCCAUAAGGACCAGCUCUGUUGACAUAAUCAUCACUGACAUGCCCUUUGGAAAGAGGAUGGGCUCGAAGAAGAAGAACUGGGACCUUUACCCCUCCUGUCUGAGAGAAAUGGCCCGUGUGUGCAGACCAGGCUCAGGAAAGGCUGUCUUGUUGACACAGGACAAGAAAUGCUUUUCCAAGGCUAUCUCGAGGAUGGGAGGACUGUGGAGGAAGCUGCACACUGUUUGGGUCAAUGUCGGGGGUUUACAUGCUGGAGUCUACCUCCUCAAGCGGACCGGGGCCGUGUUUGGCCAAACGCCGGAGGACGUCUAUGAAUCACGAGGAACGCAGGGGGAGGAGAAGGAUGACAAGAAGCUCUCCUAGUUCACAUCCUGCGUUCAAGUUCUGAAUUUACAUUUGAGGCCAUGUAGGAUCAACAUUAUUUAUAUUCUCUUAAUUCAGGUUCUCUGGUCAAGGGUGCCAAGCAGUUUUGCUGUAUCACUUUUUUUUUGUACAUUUCUCAUUUGGUUCAAUUUGAUAAAUGCUGAACUGGAAAGAGAAAAAGCUGCUGUCACGUUCAGCAUUCUGUCUGACUGACAGGAACCUGCUGAUGGCUGUCUCACUGCACACCUCAAACCUGCCAUUUGUUCUGAUCAAUAAAGAG